AUGAAACAAGGCGAGUCAGUUCAAUCCUUCUUCACGCAAGUUACAACAAUAGUCAACCAAAUUCGAAGCUGUGGAGAAGAUCUUCCAGAAAAAACAGUUGUGAUGAAGGUGUUGCGCAGUCUGACAACCAAGUUUGAUCAUGUGGUGGUGGCGAUUGAAGAAUCCAAAGAUCUGUCCACCUACACGUUUGAUGUGUUGAUGGGAUCACUGCAGGUCCAUGAAUUUCGUCUCAACCGAUUAGAAGUGAAGGACGACACCAAAGCAUUCUAUACCAAGGGCGAUUCCUCAAGAAGCCAAGAACAGCAGAGGUUGAAGCAGUCAAGGCGGCAGAGUCAGAGGCAAGCCAAGUUAUAA